AAAUCCACGUAGAUAUAUACCAUCGUCUAUCUCCUCUGUAUAUUCUGCAACGAAAUUGAAAAAUCCAUGGCAAAUACUAACAGGAAUUGCAAAUCAUAAACAAGGAUCGGUGUUGGGUAAAGGCAGCAUCAAACGGGACUGGUACGAAAUUCGCAUCCGACACCCUCGGGCCCACAUCUCCCCGCUGAGAAGACGAACCGUUUUUCUCCCAGGUCCUAAGAAGAGGCGGAAAAUUCAUAUCUGAAUCUUUUGAGUUAAAAAGAUUUUAGCAAGAUUCUUGCUUAUCAGACCAUUAGGAAACGACCAACGAGCAUUGCUAGUUGCAAGUGAAGGAGCAUUCUUAGAAUAUUAUGAGAUUUAGAGACUGAGUGAUCAUAAUGGGCGCUUGUGUAUCGACGUCAGCGGCUACCUCACGUAAACAUUUGAAAACCGUUAAGUUGAGGAGAAAGCGCCGUGGUAGGAAGCAUCGGUCAGCUUCUAUUACAGAUGGAAGCAGAAAAAGAAACAGCGACUGCGGAGCUCGAGUUUCAGAUUUUUCAGUAGGGAUUUGCGGAGAAGAAGCAUGGUUCGACACUCUCAGCAUUCUGGAUUCUGACUCGGAUGAUGACGUCGACAGUGACCAUGGAGAUCUCUAUCCUAAGAAUGAACAAGAGUUGCAGCAUGAUACUUUGUCUAACCAUGAGUCGUCCGUGACUAAAGAUGGAGGCACGGAGCCAAACGGUUCUUCGUUAGUAAUUACCCAGAGUAAAGAGCUUCCAGGCCCAGCAAAGAGUGAUGAGUCUAGUAGCAAGAGGAAAAAGAACAUGGAUCGUUCAUAUGUGAGUUUUAAAGGAGUGAAAGAUGACAAAAAUGAUCACGAGGAUGUAAUUCCUGAGAAAUUAUUGAAGUCUGUUUUACCCCGUCUAGUUCCUUCAGUGAGUUUUAACGAUAAGAUCAGCAGCUCGUUGAAUUCAGGAUCUCAUUCUCACAGGAAGAAAUCAGCUGUUAUUCGGCUUUCUUUCAAGAGAAAAUCUGUAGAUGGGGAAGAAAUGGAUGAAAUCUGUACAUCGAAGUUUCUUUAUCGUCCCAGAGCUGGAUUAAUGAUUCCGUGUUGUUCCGAUGAGAAGUCAACUUCUGGAACUUGGUCCAAGAUUUCCCCCUCGACCUUUAAGCUACGUGGAGAAAAUUACUUCAAAGAUAAGAAGAAAUCCCCGGCAUCAAAUGUUUCUCCUUACACUCCAAUCGGCGUAGAUUUAUUUGUAUCUCCGAAAAAGAUCAGUCACAUUGCCCAACAGCUCGAGCUGCCUUCCCUAAAAGCCGAUGGGGAAGUCCCGGCCUUGCUAAUUGUUAACAUUCAGCUGCCCACUUAUCCCGCACCUAUGUUUCUCGGUGAUGGUGAUGGUGAGGGCUUGAGCCUCGUUAUGUAUUUCAAGCUUUCUGAAGGUUUCGAGAAAGAAGUAUCUCCUCAAUUUCAAGACUGUAUAAAGAGAUUGGUCGCCGAUGAUACGGAAAAGAUUAAAGGAUUUGCUAAAGACUCAACUGUUCCUUUCCGAGAAAGGCUAAAAAUUAUGGUUGGGGUGGUCAAUCCAGAAGAUCUCGUCGGGGGUUCCACCGAGAAAAAACUCCUCAACGCCUACAACGAAAAACCAGUUCUCUCCCGCCCUCAGCACGCGUUUUAUCAGGGAUCGAAUUACUUUGAAAUUGACCUCGACAUUCAUCGGUUCAGUUACAUUGCAAGAAAGGGACUCGAAGCAUUCCGAGAGCGGCUAGCUACCGGAAUAUUGGAUCUCGGUUUAACAAUUCAGGCACAGAAACCAGAAGAGCUACCCGAGAAGAUCCUGUGUUGUGUGAGGUUGAACAAGAUUGAUUUUGUCAACCAUGGACAGAUACCUACGAUCGUCAAGCUCAAAGAGUGAUGUCCCUGACGAGUCGUCACCACCACCACCAUCAGCCUCUGUGAAGCUCAAGACAGUUGAACUAUCACUAAUUCAUGACUAGAACAUUGAUUUUUAAUGGUCUGAUACAAUAAUGUCUAGAAAUGGCCCAGCCAGCCCCCUCUCAUCAGUGUAACAUGUUGUAUGAAUCCAUAGAAUAUUGUGCUAUGGUAUGUAAAUUUUUUAUUUUAUUUAUUGUUUCUUCUUGUUCUAUGUCAGAACGAUAUUGGAUGGUAUUUUUCUCCGAAGCCCCUAUGAAUGAAGCCCCUUUUAUUUUUCUGUCAA